AUGACGGCAAUGCCUGGCUCAGAAGAGAUUUUGGAGGGUUUAGGCUCGAGCUCGUGCAACAUCUCAAAGUCUGGAGGAAGCCCUAUUAACACAACAACUAAGGCUCAACAUAUCCAAAGUACUGGAACCAUCCCAUACGAACCGCAGCCAAACCUCGCACCCCAAAACCGGGAGUCUUCCGUGUCUUCUGGUCUAAUUCCGGAAACCGAUAAAAACACAACCAACAGCCACAACCAACCUUCUCAACUUGGGGUCCCAGAUGGAAACAUUCGAGGGCGAGACAGAGUAGUUCGUAAAGGGGAGAGAGCUAGUAGCAGCGGCAGUGACAAUAGUUCGAAAAACCGUGAAGCCAGAGAAAAGGCAGUCAAGGCCGCAGAGGAAGCGGAGGAAAGGGGCGCUGAGGUACUGGCCCAAUACAGAAAGAAUGGGGAUUCUCGAGAGUUAGCAAAACUUGCACGCGACAAGGGUAUUCCUCCAAAUCUGCGUAGGGAGAUUUGGCCGAUCCUGCUCAAUAAUCACCCUUGUGUUCUUGAUAAGCACAUAGCCAAAGAGUUUGUCGAAAGGACUGAGAAUCACGAAGAUACUCGAGAGAUCCCUUUCAAGCGCAUUCGACGUGAGCUCGAACGUUACCACCGUAAACUGAAGAAGGUUCCAGCAACGCGUAAUGGAAGCCCGUCUUCGAACCCAUCUCCAGUAGGCUAUGCACUUCCUAACGGAGAGUUUAAGGAGCCUGAACCGGGUCUUCUUGACCAGGCCGCUCUUGAUACUGCUGUGGAAGAUGCUGUAGUGGCGUUCCUCGAGAACCAUGACCAUGUCAACUACGCACCUGGAAUGGUUUAUGUCUGCCUUACACUUGCAGACUGGCUAUUCAUGCCUCCUAGCGUGGCUGCUAAUAAUGGAAUCGACUACUUUAAUGACGCGGACAUUCUUUCCUCUUGUUUCGAGAAAAUGAUGUAUGUCAUUUUAUGGUCCCCCACGGUAUGCUCGACCCCUAUCGAGCCUUCGGACUCCGUAAUAAAUCAAAGAAUCUCUCACUUCCUUACAACAUUUCGGCAAUUGCUUCCUGAGGUGGCCCGUUAUUUCGACGAGGAAGAAGUGGCCAGCUUCGGUGAGCAGUGGGUUUGCACAUGGAUCCAAUGGUGGUGUGCUGGAGAGCUCAGAAAAGACGAAAAAGGGCGUCUAUGGGAUUGGUAUCUCGGGUUCGAACAGCCUUGCCUGAGAAGCUCUCAGCAGUCAAGAAACAAAGCUGUUCGUGGGGAGUUUGAGGAUUCGAGAGGGUCACAUCCGGAUGAGAUAUAUUAUCCAUCAGAUUGGCAUAUUCUUGUUUGUGUUGCUCUUCUCAAGAGUCGCAAGGAUGAUUUGGAGGAGCUGGAACAAUCGGAGAUUCGCACGCUGCUUAGAGGAUUGCCCAAAGUUGAUAUGGGUUUAAUUAUUGAGGAAGCGAAGUCUCUCCGCGAAGAGCUCCGAGCCAUCUUACAACAUGAAGAGGAGGAUUAUGCAAAUAGAUCGACCGGCAACGCUAGUGACGAUUGA